GAAGGAAUGAACUGUGUUAGACUAGUGAUUUUUUUACCACAAUGAUCGAAAGACUGUCUGCUCUGCUUCUUCUUACUAUAGCUUCUCUCACUCAAACUAACGGAGAUCCUCCUCAGAUCCUUUUCAAAGUGGUUGACGUCGGCGGAAAUGUUACUUUGCAUUGUCCAGUUUUAAAUAAGGAAGACAGCUUCUUCUACUGGUACAAGCAACCAUUUGGACAUAUGAUGGAGACUGUCGCUUCAGUAAAUUUAGGUGCGAAAAAAUUGACUGAACAAUUUAACAACAAUCGCUUUAACGUAACCAAGGGAGCAUCUCAGCACUCUCUUACCAUCACAAAUAUCAGUAAGGAGGAUGAAGCGGCAUAUUUAUGUCAAACCGGGACUGCUUAUUCUCAAAGUUUUGCUGCUGGUAUCUACUUGGUCGUGAACGAUUGUAACAGAGAAACAGUGACUCGUGUCAGACAAACUCCAGAGACAGCAUCAGUCCAGGAGGGUGACAUGGUUACUCUCCACUGUUCUCUUCUCUCCAAGACUCCUGUGGUCUCCAGUCAAUGUUCAGCUAAAUACGAUGUGUACUGGUUCAGAGUGGGAUCAGGAGAAUCCCAUCUAAGCUUCAUUUACACUCACAAGAACAGCAGUGACGCUCACAAAAGCAGCUGUGUCCACCGACUGUCCCAAUCUAUUAGGAACUCCUCAGAUACUGGGAUAUACUACUGUGCUGUGGUCACGUGUGGAGAGAUCUUGUUUGGAGAAGGAACUAAAGUAGAAACAAAUUCAAAACUCAUUCCAGUUGUCAUUGUACUGGGUGUGCUCUUGGCCUGCUGCGUGACUGUAAUUGUUGCCCUUAUUAUCUACAUAUAUAAGGCAGUAUUUGAACAUUUGAAAGGAGAAAAUAAAGGCCCAUCUCGACAACUCAAGUCAUCAGGGAGCCAGCCAAGUGACAAAGAUGCUGGUGCAGAUGAAGCCAAUUAUGUAGCUCUGAAUUUUUCCACGAGGAAGACAAAAGGCAUGAAGAGGAGAACAGAAUCGCCACCAGAGUGUGUGUACUCAGCUGUGAGAGCAGGUCAUCCCACACAGAAUUAAAUGUCUUAGAGCAAGUCCUGUUUGUGUUAGACACAACAAGUGUGUAUGACUUCCAACAAAUUAACAUUGUGCUUUCAUAGGUGCCACAAUCCUACAGAUUUUAUGACCAAACUGCUUUUCAACCACGCUUUUUCUUACACUAUUGGAUGAUGUUACAGAAAACAGCGGUGUAUAAGAAAUGUUCACUAAAAGGAUGUCGUAUCCAAACUGAGCCAUUUCCACUUUUUACUGUAACGUAUCAAAUAUGUGUAUGGCAUAUAUUUAGUUGCUUUAUAGUGCAUUAUAAACUCACUUGGUGUAUGUGCCAGCAAUCAGGUUAAUCCAGACAAACUGCAACAAUCUUAUUACAUUGUCUGUCUGUCCAUCCAUCCAUCCAUCCAUCCAUCCAUCCAUCCAUCCAUCCAUCCAUCCAUAUAUUCAUUCAUUCACUAAUGCACUCAUUCCAUCAUCUGUAACUGUUGAUCUUUGCGGGGGGCAGUGCCUAUCUCUAGCAUUGUGUAGUACACUGUUUCAUGCAGCAUUUGUUUUCACAAUAGUUGUAUUUUACAUGAAGAUUUGUGGUAUCUGUGCUAUUAACAGUUUUAAAAAAGAAUUUAUGUAUUGUCUUCUGUCAUUAAAUUUCCUUCUAACAACCAUGCACUAAA